AUGGCGUCGACUACCCCCCUGACCGUGCAAUACAAGGAAGCAAAUGGCAGCAAGAUCACGACGGAUAUCUACCUGCCGCCCGCGAGUCCGGAGUCCACCUCGUAUCCCGUCUUAAUCAACAUCCACGGCGGCGCCUUCAUGCUCGGCCACUCGCGCAUGGUCUCCAUGCCGCAGAUCGACGACUGUCUCGCGCGCCGCUGGAUCGUCGUCGCCCCGAACCACCGUCUCUGCCCGCAGGUCAACAUCCUCGACGGGCCGAUCGCCGACUGUCGCGAUCUGCUGCAGUGGAUCUACUCCGGCCAGCUGGAUGCAUACCUGCAGUCCCAGAAUAAACCGCACCGCGUGGACCACCAGCGCGUGAUGGCAUUCGGCACUUCCAGCGGCGGGACGCUCGCUCUGUCACUCGUACACCCCCCAACCGCCCCCCCUCCUCCAUGCCGUCGAACGAAAAUCCAGGGCUACGACGUGCCCCGACCCCCCGCCGCAAUCCUCAACUUCUACGGCGCCGUGCACUUCACCGAUCCGUUCUGGACGUCGCCCGUCCCGCACAUCAAGUCCAAACUCCCGCCGUUCGCGGACUCCUUCCUCCAGCAGAUCUACGCCGAGCACCCGGUCCCCACGAGCAGCGCGAUCUCCCUCGAGGGCCAGAGCGAGGGGCCCUCCGGUGCAGCGCCAGACUUCACGCGCGCGCGCGACGCCUUCGCCUUCACGCAGAUCGCCAACGGCACCGUGCUGGCGGCGUGCUUUCCCGGCCGGGAUGUGCGCGAGAUCGACCCCGUCGCGCGGGUGGGGUCGACCUUCCCGCCGACGUUUAUUGUGCAUGGGGCGGAGGACCGCAUGGUGCCGAUUGGGUUGAGUCGGCGGCUGUUGGAGGUGCUGAGGGGGUGUGGGGUGCGGUGUGGGAUGGUCGAGGUGCCGGGGGAGGAUCAUACGUUUGCGAUGGGGAUGAAGGUUGGGUCGCGGACGUGGGAGGUGCAGCGGCGGGGGUUUGAUUUUCUUGCGGAGGUCAUUUCGGACAGAUCUUGA